CCUCGCUUCUCUUAUCGCUUCGCCGCAUCGUCGCUCUCGCAUCGCUUUCGAAAAUCCAUCUCAAAAAAUUUCAGCUAAUCCCUGCUUCCUGCAAGCCCUCCGCACGAAUUGAAUCCCCCACCCACGGAAGGCUGCCUCUCGCGGCCCUCGACGGCCAUCGUCUGGAAUCCCAUGGUCUCGAGAUUAUAACUGCCAUUUCAACAUGGCUUUCAACUUCAACUGGUCGCCUUUGACGGCGGACGCUGAGUUCUACUCGCGCGCACGCGACCUGCUCACAAAGGCCCUAAACAAAUCGCCCAAGCCGCCCAUCAUUGUCGAUGACAUCCUCGUCAGCGAAUUCAAUCUCGGCACCGUCCCGCCAGACCUCGAAAUCCUGGAAAUCGGAGACCUGGCGGAAGAUCGAUUUCGAGGCAUUUUCAAAAUGUGCUAUUCCGGAGACGCCUACUUGACGCUGAAGACGCGGGUUCAGGCCAAUCCGCUCAACACCUAUCUCUCCUCCAAGCCGGAGUUUACCUCCCCGCAGCCACUGGCCGCAGCUUCGGGUCUCACGAUCCCCCUCUCCAUCACUCUGUCCGAAAUCAAGCUGUCGGCGUUUAUCAUCCUGGUCUUUUCGAAACAGAAAGGAUUGACUCUGGUGUUUCGCAAUGAUCCACUCGAGUCUCUCAAGGUCUCUUCGACCUUUGAUUCGAUCCAGUUCGUGCGGGACUACCUGCAACGGACCAUUGAGCAGCAGCUGCGAAACCUAAUGAUGGACGAGCUGCCAGCCAUUAUUCAUCGACUGUCUCUGCAAUUGUGGUGUCCGGAUCAGGCCAAUAAGGGCGUGGAAACCCCCAAAGAGGAGACGGACGAGGAGGGGGUCAACCCGCUAUCAAGCCCACCUUUGGACCCUGUCGAUGCCAAUGGCAACGUGCUGGAUCCGAGUGCCAUCUCAGAAAUCUCUCUGAAUGGCGGGGGCGAGACGCAGUCUCUAUUUUCCCAGAAAAAUCUGCUACGCCUCGCUGCGCUGACAGAUUCGCACCGGACCUUGUCUCUAUUCACACCUGGCAUACGAGACGUUGUAUUUCGAGCUUGGUCAGGCUGCGCCGACCGUGCUGAUCCUGCUACGCCAUCUAUCUCAUCUCCUAACCGAGUCCGGACGAAUUCACAUGCUGGCGGUACGAGUACCACCUACACAUUUUCCGAUACGGCAAGCACCCUUCAUGGCUCUGUAUCGUCACGGCCUUCUUUUGCAAGCGUCAAUGCGUCUACCGGCUUAGGUGUCGGCAGCAAUGUCCGAUCAAGGACGGGCCGCAAAAAGAAGAACCGAGUGGUCAAUCUCCGGAAGACCAAAUCUGAGGCGGUCACUCCAGACAGUCAGUCCGAAGCCGGGACCAAUACACCCAACUCGGUCAAUAUUCCUCUCUCGGAGCCCAUCAUGGAUAUACCAGAAGAGGAGGAGCUACAGCUACAUGAUAAUCCAUUUACCAGCGACCCCUUCAACCCCCAGACGCUCAUGUCUGAUAUUGGCGACAACACGCUCACUCUAGAAGAACUCACCUCCGCCCUCAAAGACCUGAAGAUGCUGGCCGACGCUACGGCCAACAGCCGUAAGGCGACCCCCGAGAAAGGUAGCCCUCGUGAGACGCCGGGUGCCAAGGGACAGUCAUCACCUGAUCCCCUGGACCAGGACUGGGUCAUGAAGAUGGCGAGCGAAAUCGCACGCCGUGUCUAUGACGAAAAGCGGUCCCAGCAACGGGGCAAAUGGGAUGAGUCGGAGGAGGCCCCACCUCCGGCAUACGAGGCAUCGCCGCAGUCGCCGUGCCAUUAGACAACAGUUUUGAACCCAGCUGAGAGCAUGACAAUCUCCUAUGUUCUUUUACUCGCUCUUUUGCAAAGCGUUCUUUUCAACUGUCUCCACUUUCUGGGAAAGAAGAACUUUUUCCUUUGUUAUAUCUUUUCUUUUGUUUUUCAGCUCUGUACUGAUUUCACUAAAGUAUGAGCAUUGUAUGCGCAUUUGCAUAUGUAUAUGCACGUACACAUCAAACAUUUGGGUAUGUUUUACCUCGGCGUUAUAUGGAAGGAGGGGCAAUAGGGAAUGCAUGGCACGCAUCACAAGUAACGUACACACGGGACAAAGAGGGCAGGCAGGGAAAAUCAAAAAAGCAGAAAGCAGAAGGCAAGAAGACAACAAAAAGAUUGGCUAGGAUCAAUUACCGGGUGGGGUUUUCAGGGACGGGUGGUGUUUCUUUUUUUGGUUGCAUGAUUUGAUACCCGGAUAAGCACUUUUUAAACAAGACGAUUGAGUCCAGUACGAAAGUGUUUUAUUUCCAUGUUUUUUGAAUGGUCUGCCUUUGCCUUAUUAUGGAGCCGUCUGUAAAUCAGACGUGUACGACGACGACGGGAUGCGUGCCUUUUUCAUAAUUUUCUUUUUUCAUCUUUCUUCAUCCUCUUCUAUUCGCUUCGUUGGCUAGCCGCGCCAACCACACCCACACCAUUAUGGCUGCCACCCCGGGCGUGUGUUGUAU